AUGACACCAACCCAAAUUACACGUCGUGCUCUUCAGGCUCAUGCUGCACCGUUGGGAGAGGAGGCAACCAGGCUCGGCUUGCGCCAUCUGCUUGACAUCGAUCUUGGAGACAACCGCCAGAUCAUCCCGCGAGCUCUGCCCAUUUGGGAACGACCUGCUCCAUUGUUGAAGCAAAGUAUCCCAACUCGGGUGAAGGAGAUUCUCCGUGCAGAUAGGAAGAGUGCAAGUAUUCCGCCCAUCGACGGGCUCCCCUUCCACAAGUUCUUCAUGCAUGAUGAAUGGAUCAAGGCUCUCGCUGAAGUACUGGACGGGAUCCGGCCACGCCUUCUCGAACUGGCUGCUGGGUGUCACGAAUACUGUUCGCUCGAUGAAUUCGACAUGUUCCGGACGCCUUUCCCGCUCGAGACGCUGAUUAUCAGCGGAGCGAUCGAGCUCGAGACAAGCAUUCAAAGCACCCUACUUCCCCGAAUAACAACGCUUUAUCUGAAUUAUUGCUCUGGACUAAGGUUUCCUACCUUGCCGUCUCCACUCAAGCUGAGGAGGCUGAUCAUGGUAGAGAACAACGUGAUGGACAUGAUCUGCUGGAUGGCGGAGGAAACACAUAUGUUGGAAGAGCUGGAGGAGCUUGUUCUCACGGGCACCAACGGGUGUGAUCUCGCCAGUUGUUUUGAUUGGCAACAAUACCUGGAUUCUUUUCAAAAGAUGCCUCGCCUUCGAAUGCUACAGCUUUCUCACAGGAUACUGAGCUACUUUGAAGAAGCCACACUAAAUGGGCUUCCCGUGGUCCUGCCUCAAACUCAUCUGGGGCCCGCCUGA